GGCGUGAGGCCGGGGCGCGCGCGCGGCGCCGUUGUGACGCAGCUGCGUCCGCUCCCCCCCCACACAGAGCGCUGCGCGGCGGCGGCGGCGGGAGCGGCGCGUGAGCCAGGCCCUCAGCGGGCCCUCAGCCGGGCCCUGCGCCGCGGCGGGUUGAGGGGGGAAAAGCCUUGAUACAUCCUGAAAAAUGUUUAACAAGUCCUUUGGAACUCCAUUUGGAGGCAGCACUGGCUUUGGAACAACUUCAACUUUUGGUCAAAAUGCUGGCUUUGGGACUACGAGUGGAGGAGCGUUUGGAACAUCAGCCUUUGGGUCCAACAACAAUACUGGAGGCCUCUUUGGGAGUACACAGACAAAACCAGGGGGAUUAUUUGGUUCGACCACGUUUAACCAGCCAGCCACCUCCUCCACAAGCACUGGCUUUGGGUUUGGAACAUCAACUGGGACAUCCAAUAGCCUCUUUGGAACUACCAGCACUGGUGGAGGCCUCUUCUCAUCCCAAAACAAUGCCUUUGCACAGAAUAAGCCAGCUGGGUUUGGAAACUUUGGGACCAGCACCAGCAGUGGAGGUCUCUUUGGAACCACCAACACCACUUCCAACCCUUUUGGGAGUACAUCUGGCUCUCUUUUUGGCCCAACCAGUUUCACUGCUGCCCCAACUGGCACAACUAUAAAGUUUAAUCCCCCAACUGGUACAGACACUAUGGUCAAGUCUGGAGUUAGCACAAACAUCAACACCAAGCACCAGUGUAUUACUGCCAUGAAGGAGUAUGAGAGCAAAUCUCUGGAGGAACUCCGUUUGGAAGACUACCAGGCAAACAGGAAAGGACCCUCAAAUCCUGUUGGAGCAGGAGCAGCUACAGGCUUGUUUGGGUCUUCCACUGCUACAUCAAGUGCAGCUACAGGACUUUUUGGCUCUUCGACUACUAACACAGGCUUUUCAUAUGGACAGAAUAAAACUGCUUUUGGAACCAGUACAACUGGCUUUGGAACAGGAACAACAGGAGGUCUUUUUGGUCAGCAGUCUCAAACAACAAGUCUGUUCAACAAACCAUUUGGUCAGGCCACAACCACGCAGAACACCGGCUUCUCCUUCGUCAACACCAGCACUCUGGGGCAGCCCAACACAAGCACCAUGGGUCUCUUUGGGGUAACCCAGCCCUCACAGCCUGGAGGCCUUUUUGGAACAGCUGCCAAUACAAAUGCUGGGACUGGAUUUGGGACUGGAACUGGCCUUUUUGGACAAGCUAACACGGGAUUUGGUGUUGGCGGUUCGACCCUGUUUGGUAACAAACCUGCUGGAUUUGGAACCACCACGACCAGUGCUCCCUCGUUUGGGACAACCACCGGCGGCGGGCUCUUUGGUUUUGGUGCCAACACUGCUGGAAACAGUUUGUUUGGAAAUAAACCUGCCACUGGGACUCUGGGAACUGGACUUGGAACAGGGUUUGGAACAGCUCUUGGGGCAGGACAGACAUCUUUAUUUGGAAACACCCAGCCUAAACUUGGUGGAACCCUGGGAACAGGAGCAUUUGGAGCACCAGGGUUCAGCACUUCAACAGCUACACUGGGCUUUGGAGCCCCUCAGCCUGCUGUGGCACUGACAGACCCAAAUGCAUCAGCUGCCCAGCAAGCUGUCCUCCAGCAGCACCUCAACAGCUUGACUUACUCACCCUUUGGAGAUUCUCCCCUCUUCAGAAACCCCAUGUCAGACCCAAAGAAGAAAGAAGAGAGGCUGAAACCAACCAACCCAGCAGCUCAGAAAGCCUUGACAACACCCACCCACUACAAACUGACUCCUCGCCCAGCAACCAGAGUGCGCCCCAAGGCUUUGCAGUCGGCUGGCUCUGCUAAAUCCCACCUCUUUGAUGGCCUGGAGGAUGAUGAGCCCUCCCUGUCCAACGGUGCCUUCAUGCCAAAGAAGAGCAUCAAGAAGUUGGUUUUGAAGAAUCUCAACAGCAGCAGCCUGUUCUCUCCUGACAGCCGUGACGCUGAGGACCUGGCCUCUCCCUCCGAGUACCCAGAGAACGGAGACAGGUUCUUUCUGUCAGUGCCUCCCGAUGAAAACCACAGACCAGACGGCGAGCGAGAGGAGGAGGAGGAUCACCACGAGGUGACCAAGUUCUACACCAACCCCAUCUCCAAGCCCAUCCCCCAGAGCCCAGAGAGCACGCUGCAGAAGCAGCAGAGCAGCGUGGAUGACACCAUCGUGGCGCUGAACAUGCGGGCGGCCCUGCGCAACGGGCUGGAGGGCGGCAGCGAGGACGCCUCCUUCCACGACGACUCCCUGCAGGAUGAGCGUGAAGAGGAGCCCGAAGCUGAGCACCAGCUGCACCCUGCAGGAAUUGUUCUCACAAGAGCUGGCUAUUACACCAUCCCAUCCAUGGAGGAGCUGGCCAAGCUCACCAACGACAGGGGCGAAUGUCUCGUGACGGGCUUCACCAUCGGGCGCAAAGGUUAUGGAUCCAUUUACUUUGAAGGAGAAGUGAACCUGACAAACUUAAACCUGGACGACAUCGUCCACAUCCGGAGGAAGGAAGUCAUUGUUUACCCCGAUGAUGAGAAGAAGCCACCCACUGGGGAAGGUUUAAAUAGACGAGCUGAAGUUACCUUGGAUGGCGUCUGGCCCACAGAUAAAACGUCUCGUUGCCUGAUCAAGAGCCCCGAGCGCCUGGCAGAGAUGAAUUACGAGGGGCGGCUGGAGGCCGUGUCGCGCAAGCAGGGCGCGCGCUUCAAGGAGUAUCGACCCGAGACUGGCUCCUGGGUCUUCAAGGUGGCACACUUCUCCAAGUAUGGCUUGCAAGAUUCAGAUGAGGAAGAGGAAGAGCAUCCUUCAAAAGUGGACACAAAGAAGUUAAAAACUACCCCUGUGCCAGCCCCAGGGCACCUGCCCCCCCAGCAAAUGACCCUGAACGGGAAGCCAACGCCUCCAGCUCAGACCCCUGAGGUGGAGCAGCUGGGCAGGGUUGUGGAACUGGACAGUGAUAUGGCAGACAUCACCCAGGAGCCUCCCCAGGAGCCCAUUGCAGAGGAUCACAUGGAACAAGAGCCAGAGGCAGUGCCUGCUUCCACUCACAUCGUGUCAAGCCUGGGUAUCAACCCCCACGUCCUGCAGAUCAUGAAAGCUUCCUUGCUUGCUGAUGAGGACGACCUCGACUUGAUCCUGGAUCAUUAUCCUGGGAAGCAGCCUGUAAAAGUGGACACUUCUCAAGAGAUCUGCUCCCCAAGGCUCCCCAUUGCAAAAUCCCAGGGACAGAAAAGACACUCAGCUGCCGUGCUGCUGCAGCCGAGACUCGCCGCCGUGCUGCUGCAGCCGCCGAGCUGCGCCGUGCCGCGGGCCGCCGGGAGCCGGGGCAGCCCCCCGAGCGCGGCGCCGGGCCCCGAGGCGCAGCUGCGGCCGGUGGGCGCGCGGCGGCGCCGGCGCCUCGUGGCCCUGCAGCGCUCCCUGGGCCACGGCAAGGGGAAGCUGCUGAUGGACAUGGCGCUGUUCAUGGGCCGCUCCUUCCGCGUGGGCUGGGGCCCCAGCUGGACGCUCGUCAACUGCGGGGAGCGCCUGAGCCGGCCGGCACGAGCGGAGGACGCCGAGCCCGCGCAGUACGGCUUCCUGCCCACGCCCGUGGCGCCCAAACCACUCACAGAAUCCUCUUUCAAGGUUCACGUGGAGAAGCUGAACUUGGAACAGUGGAAGCUGGACAGGGACAAACAGCUGUAUCUGAUCCCUCUGGAGAUAAAGCUGAAGCACAGCACCGUGCACAUGGAUGAACAGUGUCCCCUCCUUGCACCCAACCCCGGAGUCGCCGCCGUCCACGACUACGCUGCCUGGGUGCGGAAGGCGGCCGAGGAGCCAGCUCUGGCUCACACUGUGGUGAAGCACUGGUGCUUGGCCUGGACUUUAUGUGAAGCGAUUUGGGGGCACCUGAAGGAGUUGGAGGCCAGGCUGGAGGAGCCCAGCGAGUACAGCCUGGCUCUGGAGCGCAGGAAAGCCUUCUCCCGCUGGCUGUCGGCCACGGCCGCCGCGCGCAUCGAGGACGAGCUGGCUGUGUCCCGGCACAGCAACCACACCGAGGCCGUGUUCAGCUGCCUCACGGGGAAGAGAAUUGGGGAGGCUUGCAGGCUGGCCCAGCAGGCAGGUGACCACAGGCUGGCCCUGCUCCUGUCCCAGCUGGCAGGCAGCCAGCCCGUGAGGGACCUGCUGACCAUGCAGCUGGUGGACUGGCACAGGCUGCAGGCAGACUGCUUCAUCCAGGAGGAGAGGCUGCGCAUCUUUGCCCUGCUUGCAGGGAAACCUGUGUGGCAGCUGUCAGAGAGAAUAAGCAUCAACGUGUGCUCGCUGCUGGACUGGAAGCGCUGCGUGGCCGUGCACCUCUGGUACCUGCUGCCCCCAACAGCUCCCAUCUCCAAAGCACUGGCCAUGUAUGAGGCAGCAUUUCAGAACACACCUGAGUGUGAGAAGUAUGCCUGCUGUCCCCUGCCUCCUUACCUGGAAGAGUCUGGUUGUGUCAUUGAGGAUGAUGACAGCACAGGGAGGCCUCUCAGAGAUGUCUGCUUCCAUUUGUUAAAGCUCUACAGUGACAGACGCUACGACCUGGAGCAGCUGCUGGAUCCCCGCAGCAUCACGUCAGACCCGCUGGAUUAUCGCCUCAGCUGGCACCUCUGGGAGGUGCUCAGGGCCCUGAACUACAGCCACCUGCAGAGGCAGAGCCAGGGGGUGCUCAAUGCCAGCUAUGCUGCCCAGCUGGAGAGUGAAGGCCUGUGGGAAUGGGCUGUGUUUGUGCUGCUGCACGAGCCCCACACACCGUGAGCAAACACAUUUGUUAUUGCCUUGGUGACAGCGGGUUCUCUGCUUUACCUCCCUGCCCUGUGUGCCCCUGUCAUCCUGGCUUCAUGCCCAUGGAGCUGGGACUCCACAGCUGGAGAACUGCAUGUUGUUUGUGCCAGUUAAAUAGCCUGUGAAGUCACAGAGCCCCACAAUGGAUGGGUUGGGAAAGGGCCUGAAGGUCCUGGAGUCCCUCCCUCCCCUCACCCUGCCACAGCCAGCACUGAGCCCUCAGCACCU